AUGAUGGAGUUUAUAGCUUUGGUUGUUCAAAUAAUGGUAACAACAUAUACUCUGGCUGUUUCCAAGGAGGAGAGGCCAGUUUGGCCUAUGAGAAUAUGGGUUUCUGUGUAUGAUUUGAGCUGUGUUCUUAGUCUGAUUCUGCUCUUCUGGCGCUAUCGGCUUUUCUAUGUGACUCAGGGAGAUGGGUUUAACUUCUCUGACAUAGAACAGCAGAGGAGCAAUGAAGAGUCCAGGAGCUUGCAAUUGAUGAACAAAUGCCGGACUUCUCUGGAGCUGUUCUUUGCAAUAUGGUUUGUGAUGGGAAAUGUUUGGGUGUUUGAUUCUCGAUUUGGAUCAUUUCGUCGAGCUCCUAAACUUCAUGUGCUCUGUAUCUCCCUGCUCGCUUGGAAUGCUAUCAGCUACUCUUUUCCAUUCAUACUGUUUUUGUUGCUAUGCUGUUGUGUGCCAUUGCUUAGCAACCUUCUUGGGUACAAUAUGAACAUGGGAUCCAUUGAUAAAGGGGCAUCUGAUGAACAACUUUCCAAUCUACCCAGUUGGAGAUAUAAGGAAGUUGGUGCAGAUUUAGAGCUUGGGAAUUCAGUCCUUCAUCAUGAAACUCCAGAAUGCUGUAUUUGUUUAGCCAAGUACAGAGAGAAGGAAGAGAUCAGGGAGUUACCCUGUUCUCAUAAAUUCCAUCUGAAGUGUGUGGAUCAAUGGCUCAGAAUUAUAUCUUGCUGUCCUCUUUGUAAGCAAGAAUUAGGGAGGUAAAAAGGCAAGAUAGACAUUGCAACCAAGGAGCUGAAGUUCAUCUAUUUUACUUUUCAUUCCUUAUUUCCUUGUUAUUUAAGAAAAAGGCAUGCUGAUUCUGAAGUGUAAGUAUAAAAUACGCAUGGUUACUUGAGUGAGGGAAGUUAUUGUAUAUUGAAGCUCACCAGUAACUCAGUGUUGAGGGCCACUGUCUGGGGGUGGAUGCCUUUUUUCCUUGGGGUUUUGGUUUGGGUAGCCAAGUUGGUUUGGACCUGAUACUUUUGUGUAUAUGUUUUCUUCUUGACUGCUAUUUUGCUAUGUGGAAUACAUACACUUGUACUUAAAACAAGGGUUCUAAGGGAUAAGAAAAUCAGGCAUG